CCAUCGCUCCCUCAUAAAGUGCCAAGCAAAGCUCCAGCUGUUCAAUCUAUUGCCCACACCCGUAUCACUAUCUUUAUUAAUAGCUUUGCUGCUAUAUAUUCCCACGUAAUCUCUCACUGCUCUCUUCACUUCACUACCGGCCUGAUCUCUAGAUACUUCCAUUAAUUAUCAUCCUUGCUUGAGGCAAAACAAAAGAUGAAGAAGCUCUUCUUUGCUACUUUGCUGUUGUGUUCACUCCUCUUCAGCUCGUCUUUCUUGGAACCUGUCAUGGCUAAGUCAUCUUUCUGUGCCAAGAAGUGCGAAACGAGGUGCGCAAACGCUGGCAUACAGGAUAGGUGCUUGAAGUACUGUGGAAUAUGCUGCGAACAGUGCAAGUGUGUGCCCUCUGGAACUUAUGGGAACAAGCAUGAGUGCCCUUGUUACAGGGACAAGAGGAACUCCAAGGGCAAGCCCAAGUGUCCUUAAAUCAACCUCUUAGACAGUCAAGAUGUGCAUGUGUUGAGAAAGAUAUCAUGUAUAUGAGCUAGCAGUACUGUAACAGUUCUCGAGACUCGAAUAAUUAGAUAUGAUAAGAGGACGCUUCUUCUUCUUCUUCUUCUUCGCAUUACUUAUGGGGUUUGAUUAGCAUGGGUGUGAUCAUGUAAUGAAGAACAGUGAAUUAAUGUUGGGAUUUGUAUAAAAUAAUAUCUUUCUUUGCAUCGUA